AUGAAGACUUUAUUUAAAUUACGAAUUCUCCAGUCCGUGUGGACUCCCCAGUCACCUUCUAGAUUAUUCCACAAAGAUAACAAGCGUCUUGUGUCUCAGAUGGUUUCACACUAUGAAUCUAUAAACCGGUGUGAACAGGAACUGCCAGAACACUUCAACUUUGCAAGUGAUGUCCUAGACAAAUGGUCUCAGCUGGAAAAGGAUGGGAAAAGACCUGCGACUGCAGCUUUCUGGUGGAUAAAUGAUAAGGGAGAUGAGGUGAAGUGGAGCUUUGAGGAGCUGGGAUUUCUGUCCAGAAAAGCAGCCAAUGUGCUCUCUGACCCAUGUGGAUUGCAAAGAGGAGACCGAGUAAUAGUGAUUCUACCUCGGAUACCAGAGUGGUGGAUACUGAAUGUGGCUUGUAUGCGAACAGGAAUUGUCUUUAUUCCAGGAACAUCCCAAUUAAGGGCCAAAGACAUUUUCUAUAGACUCCAGGCUUCGAAGGCCAAGUGCAUCAUUACCAAUGACACACUGGCACCUGCAGUGGAUUCUGUCUUGCCUGACUGCCAGUUUCUGAAAAGCAAGCUAGUUGUUUCUGAAGGCAGCAAGGAUGGGUGGCUGAACUUCCAAGAGCUACUCAAGGUGGCACCGGCUGACCAUAACUGCGUCAAGACAAAGAGUCGAGACCCAAUGCUCAUCUAUUUUACCAGUGGAAGCACAGGACCUCCAAAAAUGGUUGAACAUUCCCACAGUAGUUACGGCAUAGGAUUUACAGUCAGUGGCAGGUACUGGCUGAAUCUGACUCCCUCAGAUAUAUUCUGGAACACGUCAGACACAGGCUGGGUCAAGUCAGUCUGGAGCAGCGUUUUUUCUCCCUGGAGUAGCGGAUCAUGUGUCUUUAUACACAACAUGCCACAGUUUGAACCAGCAACUGUCGCGAAUACUCUCUCAAGGUAUCCCAUAACCACUUUCUGCACAGCACCAACUGCCUACUGCAUGCUUGUGCAGCAUGGGCUUACCAGUUACAAAUUCAUGAGUCUGCGUUACUGUGUGACUGGAGGGGAGCCGCUCAAUCCAGAAGUGAUGAAGCAAUGGAAAACCCAAACAGGUCUGGAUAUCUAUGAAGGCUAUGGCCAGACGGAAACAGUAACAAUAUGUGCCAACGUGAAAGGAAUGAAAAUUAAACCAGGCUCUAUGGGAAAGGCAUCUCCACCUUACGAUGUUCAGGUUGUAGAUGACCAGGGUGAUAUUUUGCCUCGAGGAGAAGAAGGAAACAUUGCCAUCCGAAUCAAACCUACAAGGCCAUUUUGUCUUUUCUCUCAGUAUUUAGAUAACCCAGAAAAAACUGCCUCCACAGAGCAUGGGAAUUUUUAUAUCACUGGGGACAGAGGGAUUAUGGAUGAAGAAGGAUACUUUUGGUUUGUUGGAAGGUCUGACGAUAUCAUUAAUUCUUCAGGAUAUCGUAUCGGACCAUUUGAAGUAGAAAGUGCCUUGAUACAGCACCCAGCAGUCGCAGAAUCAGCUGUUGCCAGCAGCCCAGAUCCUAUCAGAGGAGAGGUGGUAAAAGCUUUUGUUGUCCUGGCUCCUGCUUUUCUAUCACAUGACCCAGAAAAAUUAGCUCUGGAGCUGCAGGAGCAUGUGAAAAAGGUUACUGCUCCCUACAAAUAUCCCAGAAAGGUGGAGUUUGUUCAAGAGCUGCCAAAAACAGUUGCUGGGAAAAUCCAAAGGAAGGUAUUAAGGAACAAAGAGUGGGGAAGAGCAUAG